AUGUCCUACAUUUAUUCACACGAAGACAACGAAAUUGCAUCCUCUAUUGAACAGAGGAUACAUGCCAUGCGUAGCUAUCAAGCUGCACUGAGAAGUCGCCGUGCGUCUCAGGGAGCUCGAGAUGCCGAGGAGACACACGACGAUGAACCACAAACUUUGGAAGAGUCGCACACUGGCCAUCAGCAGACUAAGGAGCCGAUACCAGCCGUAGAAGGAUUCAGGGUGUGA